AAAUGCGAGCAAUUUCUUGGCAAUUAAAAAAUACAUCAAUGGAUAUUAAGGGAGUGUCAGGUGAUAUAACAGAUUUAUCAAAUCAGCAGGAAGCAGCACAAAGUAAAAUACAAGAUCUUGAGGAAACAAUGUCUCAACACACUACUUCAACUAAAAAAUCUGUUCGAAACCUUCAAGAAACAUUAUCUCAACAUACUGCUUCAACCAAAAAAUCUGUUCGAGAUCUUGAGGAGACAAUGUCUCAACAUACUGCUUUGUCUAGUAAAUCAAGUAUUCAUAGUAUUCCACUUUCAACUGCUAGUUCUAAAACUUCACAAUUUACAUAUGAUCCUACAAUAGCAGAUUUAGAACAGACUGAAGAGGAUAAAGAAAUGGCUAGAUUAUAUAUAAAUCAACUUUUAUUACUAUUGAGAUCAUGUCCACUUGAUAUUGAGGAAUUUAAAGAAGGAAAUAAUAUGUUACAAUGGCUUUUUGCUAAUAAUAUAAUAAGAGAUGAUAAAUCAUUUUGCUGGCUUUCUGCAUUAUUACAUAGUCCAAAGCCAACAAGAAUUUCUUUAGGGAAACCUGGUGGAGAGGAUUAA